GGGAAGAAGAAGAAUAUAAUAUUUUUUGUCUAGCGAUUUGUGUUGAUUUUCAAUUGGAAGAGAUUUUUUCAUAAAAAUAUAGAUAUUUUGGACAAAAUGAGUGUAAGCAAUGAAAAUGCACAAACAAAGGCUAAAGAGCGUAUUGCAGAAAUAGGAGAAAUAGAUGAAGCAGAAGAGGAAGCUUUACUCAAAUCCGAUGAUGAGUAUGAUGCAGUGCGUACAAAAGUACAACCAGCAAUUGGUACUUUAGCUCCACCAGCAGCAAUACUCACUGACGAGGAUUCACUUAUGAAUGAAGCUGCGCAGCUACAAGACGGCACAGUCGGUAUUGAUGAUGCCGGUUUAAGUGAUGAGGAUAUAGUAUUAGCUGAGCCAGCCGAAGCAGCCGUUGGGCAAAAAAUGGAAGAUGGACUCAGUGAGGACAGUGAUGAUGACGACGAUGACAAUGAAAUGGAUGUGGCGGAGAAUGCACUUUCGGCAUAUAAAAAGUUAUGCAAGGAGUUGGAUGUACACAUAUAUGCAUACGAUAAAUAUAUACAACUAUGUGAAUUAGCACAUACCACAGAUGAUCUAGAUAUCAUCAGAGCAGCAUACAGUCGUUUCUCCGCAGUUUAUCCGUUAUCACAAGAAUUGUGGUUAAAAUAUUUAAGCAUUGAAAUGAAUGUAGCACUGUCUCCCAAGGAAAUAGAAUUUGUUGAAGGCCUCUUCCGCAAAGCAUUGGCAGAUUAUUAUUCGACCGCCAUUGCUUUAGAGUUUGCUUCAUUAGCACCACGUUGUGCUGAACCCGAGAAAAUAUGGUUGGAAUUAUUGGGUACUUAUGGUUUACAUUGUCUUGAGGGUCAACUGUUCUUCAAACUAUAUCGGGAAUAUUUAUCGAAUCAUGCUGCUAUGAGCGCGGAAGCAAAGCAAGAGGCGUACAUCAAAAGUUAUCUGCAAGAAUUGAAAUAUCCGCUUUUCAAUAUGGAAGAGAGUUACAUUGAAUUCAAAGUCUUUUAUGAAAAGAACAAAGAACACAUUACGCAUGAAAUAAGUUGGGAUUUGUUAGAUAAAAAUUAUUUCAAAGCAAAAGAGCAUCAACACCAAAUUUUACCUUUCGAACAUAAACUCAAAGCAAUAGAUGUUAAGUGCUAUCGCGAACGUGCCGAGGUCUUUAUAAACUAUAUCAAAGAAUCGGAUAAGUUUCUUGAUGAAAAUGUGCUACAAACCGUUUAUGAGCGUAUGGUGGCCGCGUGUUGUUUAAAUAUUGAUUGUUGGUUGACAUACAUCGACUUUCUCAUAUAUCGUGAUGCAUACGGGCGACCAGAAGAAUUACAAGAUUUACCCGUUUUCCGCCAGACAGCAGUUGAUGUUAAUAAGCGUGCACUACGCAAUUGUCCAUGGGCGGAGAAGUUGUAUGUUAAACAUAUGCUACUGCUGGAACAGUUGGAUAAAUCGCGCGAGGAGGUGCAGGAAGUUUUGGAAAACGCUAUGAUUGCUGGCUUUCAGCAAGCCGAGCCGGCUGUUACUGUCUGGAUGGAGUAUUUAACGUAUUUGCGACGGCACACAAACUACGAGCAUGAUGAUGAGUGCGACAUUCUACGUAAAAAUUUCAAUUUAGCAUGGACUAUACUCGGUCAACAAUGGGGUGUGUUGGCGGAUUGCAAUUGUGAGAUCUUACAGCUAUGGGGUCGUUUGGAAUAUGGACCGUUAGAGGACCCCAAACGUGGAAAAGAGCUUUGGACAACAGCAAUGGAAAGUGCCGACAAUGCCACACGCUCAGGAUUGUGGAUCGAAUUUGCGCAACUAGAGUUGCGACGUGAUUUGGAAGCCACGAGAAAAUUGUAUCGCAAAGCCUUGCAUUCACCGGGACUUGACGAUCCAAUGGUAAUUGUUUCAGCUUGGGAACGUUUCGAACGUUGCAAUGGCACAAGCAAAACGCUUACUAACUGUAUAAAAGAAUGUGCUGAAUUCAAGACACAGUAUCGAACAGAAAAUUCACCCAUUAAAACUGAUUCAACGGCAGCUAAUAAAGCUAAUAGAGGCUCAAAGCGGAAGAACAUUGCUGCGACGGAGUUCACAGCGCCGGAGAAGAAAGCGAAGUCGGAAACACUAAAGAAAGUUGUAAAACCUACUGGCAAGGGUGGAGGUGGUGGUGGUGGUGUUAGUACCGAUGUACCUGGACCAAAACGUAUGGAAACCGGCACAUUUAAAGAGCAUGAAAAUCAAGAAAUCGAUUUGACCAAAGAUCAUUUGCGCAUAUUUCUUAGCAAUUUGGAUUACAGUUUAAAGGAAGAUGACAUACGUGCCAAUUUGCCGAAUUUGAAAAUUGUAAAUGUGCAACUUAUACGCUCUGCGAAUGGCAAAAGUCGUGGGUUUGGUUAUGUAGAACUGGAAAGCGCGUUUGAAGUCGAGAAAGCUUUGGCUAUGGAUAGAAUAUCUGUUAAUGGACGGCCGUUGUUCAUAUCCAGUGUUCUGCGUGACAAAGAAAAACGACAGAAAUUCAAAUAUUCGGAUGAUGUAGAACCCAGGAAACUCUUCGUAAAAAGUUUACCCUCUGACACCACAAAGGAAGAGCUGGAGCAGAUGUUUGGCGCAUUUGGCAAGCUGCGCGAUGUGCGUUUAGUAUAUCACAAAAGUGGUAAAUUCAAAAAUAUCGCUUAUAUCGAAUAUCAAGAUGAAUCGGCAGCAGGCAAGGCUGUACUUGCCACCGAUCAACUGGAGUUGCGUUCGCAUAUUAUUACCGUGGCAAUCUCAGCACCGCCUCCAAAACCUGCUACAUCUACAGUCAUUACGGCAAGUAAGCUGCUUGGCAUAAAUAAAAAACAAAAUAAAGCCUUCGAGCAAAAGCCACGCAUGUCGCUUAUACCAACAGUGGUGCGCAAAAAAUUUACCGCUACGCAAGAUAGUAACGCAACCAGCGCAGCAUCUAGCAAAGCUACAAAUGGCGCAUCGCUUUCAAAAACAAAUGAGGACUUCCGCAAAUUAUUGCUCAAAUAAGUGCGUCUUUUCAUUGAUUUUUGGUAUUUCGGCCACUACUGAUAUUAUUUUAAAGUGGUGGCGUUUACCUGCCCUCCUCAUGUGAAUUAAAUAGUGAUUAGUUCGUAAAUAUUUAACAAACAAUACAACAACAUAAUAAUGUAUUAGUCUUUGUUUACUUUUUGUCCUUCCUUCCGUAACACGAAAUAAAAGGUAAUAUAUAUUUUUUGUAUGAA